AUGGGCUUCGGCUCAUCAUGGCUUGAAUCAUCAUACAGUCGUUGGCGUCUGCAGGCGACACGACGAUUAAUAAGUCAUUUACUUAUUAUAUUUAGUAUAGCACAUCUAGUUAAAGCCUUAGUUAAUGCUCCAUAUGCUAUAGCUGCUAAACAAGCUCUCUUAGCUAUAAUAGCUAUGGCUGUUCAUAUAAUCUUAUUAUUACGUAAAGAAAGAAUAUUAUUAUCACAAAUAGCAACAACAAUAUUAUUAUUAUUAAGCUUUUUAUUAUUUCUACCCAGCUAUUCAUCUGUAUUUCCAGCUUUAACUAAUAUAUUCAUUAUUUAUACAUUCUUUACUUAUCGAUUCUUUAUAUCGUUAACUAUAAAUGUAUUUGUAUCUAUUAUACAAAUAAGUGCUUUAGUACUAUUUCAUGAUACUCUAAGUACCAAUGAGUUACUGUCCAUUAUCCUCGUACACUUAUGGUGCCAUUUUAUAUCAAUUUAUUUAAAUUUACAAAUUGAUCGCUUAUCACGUUCAUCAUUUCUAAGCUCACGCAAUUCAAUGGAAGCUGAAACAUUAGCAGCUAACCAAUCGGAUCGUUUAACAAGGCUACUACAAACGUUUCUUCCUUCACAUCUUAUUAGUCGAGCUAGACAUCAAAUUACCUUAUACAGUCCACAUAUUUACACAGAAUACUAUUCACAGGUAACUGUAGCUUAUGCUCGAUUAAUUGGUUUUGAAGCUGUUCUAUCACAAUGCUCAUCAUCAGAUGCGGCUCGUGUACUUAAGGAGUUCGAUACACGUAUCAAUCGUCUAGCUGAACUAUACGGGUGUACACGAAUUAUUUCUGAAGGAAUUACAGUUGUAUCCUCAAUUCCAAACAAGCUAUGUGAUCAUCCGAUUAAAGUAUGCCAAUUCGCAUUAGAUCUAGAAGCUUUGAUACGAUCAUUUCGUGAAUCGACAACAGCUGAUGUGUCACUAUCAAUUGGAAUUGAUAGCGGUACAUUAACUGCUGGAAUUGUUGGAAAUUCCAAAUGGCAUUAUGAUAUAAUCGGACAGACAAUCGAUAAUUGCAUUCUACUUCAAAGCAAUGCUCCAACAUCUGGAGUGUUUGUGACGGAUGAGACACAUCAACUGCUCGGAAACAACUUUGAAUUUGAACGAAUCGGUGAAUACUGGAAGAUCGUUUCAAACCAAAAUGGAACUGAAGUCUUUCCUAUCAAUCGAAGAUUUUCAUUGGUCACAGUGCCUCAGGCAAUCAAUCGUCUUCUUCAAACCAUGUCAUCAACCAUGAAAGUGACAACUAAGAAAAGACAACAGCCAUCGAGUGAUGAUCAAUUGGCUAACAUUGAUAACACGAAUGGCCAUUCGAAUUCAAGCUUCAUGAACGUCAUCGAUUUGAGCUUCAGAAAUGAUAAGAUGGAAGAAGAAUAUCAUAAGGAGAUGGAUCAUUGGUUCAUUCCAGCUAUAACUAUAUCAAUAUUCUUCUUAGUCAUAUAUGGAAUCUAUCAUAUGCUGGUUAUGCCAAGAUUACUUAUAAGUCUGUUGAUUAUAAUCAUCGCCUUAACCAUUAUGUUUUCCAUUCUCCUAAUGCUAUACAUCAACUUCUUUCACAAUUUCACUCAAUUCAUUACACGAACACCAUCAGGUCAUACCAUCACUGUCAUCAUCAUCCUACUCAUCCUCUUACUAUGUGGAAUAGUUAAUACAUUUUCCUGUCCACAAUUCAGUGUGUUGGAAGAGCAAACGAGUAACACAUCGAGUGUAUGUCGUUCAAUUCAUUUCUCAGCCUUCUCAUUCGUCUUAUGGAUUCUAACUGCAACAGUAUUCUUACGUUUUUCAUCAUUAUAUCUUCUCCUACUACUAUUCGCAUCUAUAUUGGUCUACAGCGGUCAGAUAGGCUUCAAUCAUCCACCAAUUGGACCACAGACCUUCAUCGUCGAAUUUGAUAUUCUAUCAUCAUUGCUCUUUGUUAUCCUUGUGGUAUUCCUUAGAGCUCGAUUCUGCGAGUUGAUGAUGCGAUUAGAUUUCCUGGCUGUAAUAAAGGGUGUGGAAGAAACAACAACGAAAGAUCAACUGGCACUACUUAACAGUCAAAUCCUGUUGAAUCUAGUUCCACCACAUGUAGCACCAUGGAUUACCAUGAAAGGAAAUGAACUAUGGCAUCAUGCUCAUCAUUCAGUGGGAGUUGCAUACAUGGCUGUAUCUGGUUUUGAUUUAGAAGGAGAAGAUGGCUUGAACGCUUUGAAUUUCGUUUUUUCGCAUUUCGAUCAGACGUUGGCUAAAUAUCGCGGAAUUGAAAAAAUAAAAAAUGCAAAUCGCUUUUACACAGUUGCCGUUGGAAUGCUACCAGAUGUUUCACAAAACGUCAAUGAAACGCCAUGGACGAUUGGCGAACUGCUGAAUACAUUAGCUCAAUACUUAUUGAGUAUAACUCAAUUUGCAUCCGAUCACGAGUUUCAUGUUCAGAUAGGUAUUGACUGUGGAAGCACACUAACCAUCGUCUCCGAUACGGAAUAUCCUCGUUAUGAACUGUGGGGUGAUACUGUAGAAAGAGCUCGAAGAUUAAUGCAAUCUGCUAGCCAUAAUCGUAUGCUUGUUUCCGAAGAAAUUUAUUUGGCGCUACGUCCAAGAGAAUUGGAAUUCAGUCCUCAACCAACAAAGAUUGAUGCUAAUCUCAAUGCUUACAUCUUGUACUGUCGUGGACGAGAAGCUGCAGAUGAAGAAACUGUUGCUAUGACGUCUUCUCUUAUGAUGCCCAAAGAAGAACAAGAGCGUCACACAAAGAAUAUGUUUGAAGCUGCUAUUAAGAGUGACGAAUUACCUUCUUCUAUGGCUUCAUCUUUCUCUUCGGAGCUUCAGUCCAUUGAUGGUGAUGUCGAAACUGACAGCGAUCUCGAGUGGAUAACACCUGAAACAGCUUUGAUGCAAGAGAAAAAGAGAAUUCAUUACCAGCAAAAGCAAAAAUCUGCUCAACCCCAAUCGCGUGAUAUAUCAAGAGAUGCCGAAUCAUCUUCUGUGCAAAUGGAAUGCCAAGAAGAGCGUCGUGGAUCGACUGCUUCCUUCCGACGACGUUAUUAUUGGGAAACUGAUUACGAUCCUUAUCGUGUUCCCGUCAAGCCAGCUCGUCCACCAGAGCCUUACUACUCACAGCCCUACAAAGCAGAGCAAGCAGUUCAGUAUUCCGACUGGUCAGAACAGGAGAACAGUCGCGCAGGCAGUCGAACAAGCAACUAUCGAAAUCAUCGCAAGUGGAAACGUUCUUCGUCCAAGACAUCUAUGCGAAGUGCAUUGAGUUGGCUUCGUAAAGAUUCAAGUAUGGAUGUCAGUGAGACUUCUCAGUGGGAUGCUAAGCAACGAUUGGAUGCUGCUUCGUCUCGAGUGGAUAAAAUGCUUCAAGAACUCAACGCAUACGGUGAAUAUGCUGAUAUCAAGCCUAUAGUAUAUCGACCUUUCCCCACAAACUUCACUGGAACUGUUGGAUCAAUCAAAUCUUUGAACCGAGCUCUGUCAUCAGCUUGUCAUACGGAAUAUGAUAAUGAUGAAUCAGAUGUAGCCUUGUCGGAUGUUGAAUGUAACAAUAAUCCACCGAAUAAUGGCUCUCAAGUAACUUCUGUUUCUCAACAUCAGCUUCAUCGGUCAGCUGGAUCUCGUAAUCGGGUAUCAAAGUGGAGGAGAGAAGGCACAGAUGCUGAUGCUGAAUCGCAGUGUAGUAGUCAAGCCAGCAGUAUAGAUCUACGAAACAAACGCUGGAAAUCUGUACAUUCUGUUGGUUAUGAGAAUGAGUAUGAGAUUGUGAGCUCAUCAGAAGAUGAGGAAGGUGAUCAUAAUGAUUCGAACCGUCCAGUCAGGCUAUUGGCUAUGGACGAAAUGUGUGCCCUAUCCCGUGAUAUCCGAGCCAAUUUUGGAGAUUUCAAAUUGGCCUCAUUUGACGAUGUAGAACGCUGA